AUGCCCGCCCCCUGUUUCAUUCCGCUGUCCUCUACAAAGCUUGGCGUUCCCGACUUUGGGCUGCGUCUCCCCCACUGCUUUCUUCUCUCCACCAUGGCCAGCAUGUCUGCAGAGCUCGUGUCUAUCAUCUGCGAGCACCUGGCCUCGACGGCCAGCCAGGGCACCCUCGCCACAGUCGCACUCUGCUCCAACGCAGUCAACAACAUCGCCGUCCCCAUCCUCUACCGACGUCUAGAACUUACGCGGGAAAAUGCCGAUAUCAUCUUCUGUGGGGUCCCGCGGGUCGAGUACGACUACACUUCUCCUUCAAAGGAAGAGUACGAGACUGAGCUCGCGGCCUUCAAUGCCAAGUGGCACGACUCGGUCGACCCCGGACACAAGCCGCCAUUCCCUCCCUUUGGAACUGAGGCCGACGAGCCCGAAGACGACGACGACGAAGACGAGGUAGACGGCCAGCAUGCCGCUGUGUGGGCCGACCUCGUGCCCGACGACAACUACGAUGAGGCCGCUGCCGUGGCCGCCUCCAACGACGCCAACUGGGACCGCCGGCUCGACCUCCUCGAGCACUGCCAGACGCUCACCAUUGCCUCCGUCCCCCGCCCCGGGCUGGUGCGCGACUUGCUCGUCGCAGCCGCCAUCCAUGUCAACUACAUCAACGCGACCGAGUGGAGCGAGAACCCGGACGCUUGGCCCAUCUUCCCCAACCUCAAGCAGAUCGCAUUCUCAGCAGCUGCAGUGAGCUACAUCGCCGACUACGAGCUCGCGCAUAAAAGCGAUAACGAGCCCGAGAUGUACGACUUUGGCGACGGCAGUCACGAUGAAAGCCAGGAGACGUACUUUCCCUUUGGGCACCUCGUGCAGUUCGCGUUCGGAGCGCCACAGGACGUGUGUAUCAUCGCACCGACAACCACAGUUCCCCGCUCCACUAUGGUCUUCAACACGCUGCGCAUGCCCGCCUCCAAGAUGAGAUCAAACUACGCCUUUGAGGCUUCGUACGGGCAUAGGGGAUACGAGGCCACGAUCGCCAGCCAGCUCUCUGCGCUAGCGUUCUACAGCCUCCCCAAGAAGGUCAACACGGUCACGUACCAUCGGAUGCGCGGGCCUGCCGCGUCCAAGGGAAGAGCCGAGUUGUUCCGGUUGUUCUACCAUCUCGUGGAGUCGCCAUUGGCUUCGGGUGAAGACCGCGCCAGGGACAUCCUGGCCGACCUUGCCCUCCAGGAUACCUGGAGCACCGAAGCACGCAAGCUGGUGCAGACGGUAGACGAGCUCGAGCUGAUCGACGUCGAGUGCGACACGGAUGCCACCGAGGAAGCCAUCCGACUCGCGGUCGAACAGGGCGUCGCAGCCAACCCGAAGAGGUACCAGGACACCGAGAUCGACUUUGUGCCGGAAGACACCGACGCGCAGCUGGCGCAGGAGCUCGCGGACGCCAACGCCGAGCUCGACGAGAUCGGGCCACUCCUUGAAACAUGGGGCUCGUAUCGGUCCUAUGUGGAGCGCGAGAAGGCCAAUGUGGCACUCGAGGCGGCACUGGGUACUGCCGGGGAGGAGGAGGCACGAACCAAUGUCGCCUUCUGGGAGGAAAAGAGGGAAGCGAUCGAGAGGCGGGUCAAGGAGCUCACAGAGGCGUCCGAGAAAGCGCGCACCGAGGCUCGGGAGAAGCGCGUUCUGGCAUCGAGCAAGCCGCGUGUGGUGUACACUGCUGGGGCGAAUGCUGAGCCGUGUGUGGUGUGUGGCGCCACGCACGUUGAGGCGUGA